GUGGGCUUUGUUCGGGCGGGCGAGGCGAGUCAAUGAGUGUCGUCGGCCCCGUCGGCGAUUUCAGUUAGCGACUCUGUGUGCUCAGUAGUUGGUGCGCGCUCUCUGUAUCUCCGCGCAGAAAGCUGCAGCAGUACAGUUCAGUGACGGCCGUGUGUAACUACUUUGCGCGCGCCUUUUCCCCACUCGGACGGACGGCGGGUUCCCCUUAGCCUCCCUCUCCAUCAGUAUCUGCUUCUGUCGCGUGUUUUCAUUCGGAGUCACAACGAGAGUACAUGUCAUCUUAGUGCAACUUCGAUAGCCGGUCGAUGAUCGUCAGCGGUGCUUAGCCUGCGCUUACCAUCAACACAGCAGCACUUCGUACAAGCCGGAUAAUGUUGCAAGCUGAGAGCUUGCCCGGCACCUCGCUGGACGCCGGACCGUCCACAUGGGAUCCCUGGCUAACCACGAUGGACUGGAACCUGGGCACGGACCAAUCGCUGCAAGAGAUGCUCGACUGCGACAUCAAGUCCGAGGUCGACAACGUGAUUGGUGGUCACCCGGAGCUGGGCUUCAACUUCACGGACCUGUCGCCGCUCGAGCUCGACGAGGACUCCGCCAGUAACUGCUGCCACACCGAAGCCAACAGCUGGCUCUGUCCGCACUCGCUGUUCAACAACAACAGCGUCACCUGCAACAGGUCUUCCUGCACCAUGCGUUGUUACAGUAACUCCAACAUGGAUCUGCUCAGUUGCGACGCUGCCGCAAUCAUGGUCAAUCCAAACUCGGUGCUACCGUGCCACCAAGUACCGGUGAACACGUCCAUAGCCAGCAGCAGCGAUGUCAUUCCCGCGACACAGGCGAGCUUCACACCCACGACCACUGCCAUCACUACCACCACCACCACCACCACCACCACUACCACCACAACCUUCACCACCAUCGCCGUCACUACCCUGGACACCAGCACCAAUACCACCCAUUGCACCAACACAACGACCAGCAGCUACAGCUACGUGACGAACGCCACCAGGCGGCCCGUAAGCUACUCGGUGGAGGUCGAGCCGACGGAGGAGACGCUCGAGGUGACGGAGCAAGAUCUGCUGCAGGAUCUCGAGGACGAAUCCGAAAAUGAUCCCGACUUUGAGAACGACGUGACCGAGGAGGAGGAGGAAGAGGAAGAAGAGUCGGAGGAGGAGGUGCUACCACCGCCGCCCACUGUCCGCGUGACGCCACAGCCACACGGUCUCAAGCUUACGAUACCAGCCAGCGGCAACAAGCCCAAGACGACGCUGUUAUUGCCCGCGAGCACCAUCAAAACCAUCUCGCCGCAGCUGAUCAAGGCCCAACAACAGCGAGCCGCAGCGGCUCUCAAGGUCAACGGCAUCACGGGCAUCAGAUUGCAAAACUUCAAGAUUCUCGGCCAGAGCAACGCUAAUGUGCAACAGCUGCGCCGUCAGAUCUACAACAACAACGUGCGCAUCGUCGCCCAAGCUCAGCAGCAGAAGCUGUUGGAGCAGCAAUUGCUUGCGGCUACGGCUGUAAUAGCACAGCAGCAGCCCAGUUCGCCUACUACGACGGAAGAUGAGGAGAAGACAAACCAGGAUUUUCCAAAACCCGCCUACUCCUACUCGUGUCUGAUUGCCAUGGCACUGAAGAACAGCAUGACCGGAUCGUUACCCGUGUCUGAGAUCUACAAUUUCAUGUGUCAUCAUUUCCCGUACUUCCAAAAAGCGCCAAACGGCUGGAAGAAUUCAGUAAGGCACAAUCUGUCGUUGAACAAGUGCUUCGAGAAGAUCGAAAAGCCGCCAGGCAGUGGCAAUCAACGCAAGGGUUGCCUAUGGGCCAUCAGUUCGUCGAAGCUGGCCAAAAUGGACGAAGAAGUACAAAAGUGGUCGCGUAAAGAUCCUAACGCCAUCAGGAAAGCCAUGAUCGUUCCCGAAAAUCUAGAACGGUUGGAGCGCGGCGAGAUGAAAUUCAUCACCCUCGCCGUCAAACCCACUAAGACAGUAGCGGGUUCAGCGUCAGCGUCAGCGUCGGCAUCGGCGUCAGCUUCGACAUCGGCGUCGGAAGCAACUUCGUCAGAGAGCUCGUCCGAUGAAGUCGAACAGCAACGCGGCAGCCACCAGUUGGCAGCAAAUUCUGUCACUGAUAGCUACGACGAAAGUAGCCAAGAUUUACAAGAUUGCGAAAUCGAUCUGAAUGAGCAACUGUACGAAGAGAUCGACAUCGAAGAGAAUAAGGAUUUACUUCACAUGCAGUUCAUCUCUGACCAAGACGAGUACCAAAUAGUCCAGCCAUGCGCUAAACGCCAGAAGACCCUCACUGGCACACUACAAGGUAAUUAUAUUUAUCAGCCAGUGGCGGUACGCAGGAAAACGCCGCUCACCUUCCUAACGACGGGUACAGCCGCGGGAUCUUUCCUCAAGAUUGAAUGAGCUCAAUCAAUUUCCCGUCUUGCAAGCUCUUAAGCUCUUUUCAUUCUUAUAUUUGUACAGUUUUCUCUUCAUUCACACGUCAACGCGUUCUUACACUUUAUGUUUCAUUAUUGUUAGUAUACCCCCAACGUGAUUGUAUUGUGCGAUAAUUCGCUCUCUUCUACUUCUUUUUUUAUAUACUUAAGUCGUGGUUAGUAAACGAAAUCGUAAAUGUGUAAACGUGACAGCAAGAUUCAAUCUACUCAACUGAAAGAUAUAAUUGCCAGUUUUAAGACAAAAAUCAAUCAAUAAUUUUUUGGUAUUUUAACAAGUAAACAAAAUGAAUUAACUAUAUCUUGCACUCGACUUACUGGUCUAUACCUGGCUGUCACGAUGAAAACCAUUCCCUCUUACGUUGAAAAAUCGUAUCGGUAAACAAAUCGUAGUUAAUUCUUCAUUUACCGUAUGAUUAAAAAAACACAAAAAAACAAAAAAAAAUAAAAUUUUACUUUAUUAUUGCAAUUGUAUAAGUUUGAUGCAUUUGCUGAAAUGCAUCGAAUUUAUGACAAUAUUAUAAAUGUAAUAUUACUUGUUCAAAAAAACAUUUUUUUCGUUUGUGAGUCACGGAAGGCUCUAGGGAAUAGAAAAGUUUCAAGGAUCUCGGCACAUUGCAGCACUAUAAAAACAUUUUAUGUGAUAGGUACGAUCGGAAAAGUAAGUAAUGUUUACGGAAUAUUUUUUGCUGAAUAAAACUACAUUGAUAGUUUUAAGUGAAAUUGUAGUUUGUGGAUAUUUCAAUGAUAUCGGAUAAUCAAUAUCACAAACAAAUGAAAUUAUGCUUUAGAAAUGUAAAUUGAUACGUAAUCUCUUUCAAAUAAGUUCAAGAAAUUAUUGUAAUGUACAAAGGUAUUCGAAAUUAUCACGAAUAAAAGCUUUCAUGAGCAGCAAUGCUCAACUUUGUAAGAUACUUAGUGUUUAAGCAGUGUGUAACUGGCGCGUUUGAGUGACGGUAUGAGUGUUUGCAAGAAAAAACUUCUUUUACAAGUUUUGCUGUUUGCUCUUAAUUAUACGUAUUUUUUUAUUUGUGUGUUAGUAUUUCAAAUGUUGGAAAUGUAUAAAUCAUUUCCCUGCGACAUAGAGUUCCAAAUAAAGUUUUGACACUACUUUGUGUGAGGUGUACCGCAUGUUUAUGACUGCUAUGAGUGAACAUAUUAUUACGGAAUAUACUUAGGUUGUUAAGUAUUUGGCUCAUAAAUUGCCAGACUGAUGUAUUAUAAUUUUUAUACAUUACUGGACUAAGUGAUAUAUGUAAAUGUUUUUGUAUACUUGAGGUUUAUAACAUUACUCAGAUUCAUAUUCAACUAUAGUACAAAAAAUCAUAGCGAAAUCCAUCAUUGUAAAAUUUUGUAGAAUACAGAGAAAAUUAAAAGUUUGUCGGCUUUGUUUAACUUUUACAUGUGAUUAUAUUAUUUACGUAUUUUUUAUAAUUAGAUACAAAUUAUUUCAAUAUUCAUUACUAUUUCACUAAAUUUACACAAAUUUAAAUGAUUAAUGAAAACUGUAAAUCCAACAUAUAUACUUAAUUACUUUCGCAAGGGUUUCGUACAUCUGAGUAAUGCUUUAGACAGUCCAGUGCUGUGAAAUAUGAUAAUGAGUAAUUAUCGGAAUGAGUCAACUAAUUAAUUAAGCAAAUAUUAGAUUAUGUAUCUUUACAAAUCAUGUGUGCCCCUCAUAAUAUAUCGCAAUGUAAAAACAAAUUUCCUUGAGAAAAAUGGUUAACAUUGCGCUGUAUUCAUUUAUCGAGGAAUUUGCAUACUGUAUAGUUGUACAUAGAAAAAAAACUCGAUCAAUUUGUCACCAGACAUUGCAUUUUUAGAUUAUUGCGUUCGUGAAUAUUAUCACGCUACGAGAAAUCAGUCACUAUUUUCUUAAUUUUAUUUCUUAAUUUAGUUAAGCAAAUCUUUAGCCGUAGAAAUAUCUAAGUUUGAUUCAUGGACUAUUAAAAAAUUUCUGAUUACAUUUAUAAAGAUAAAGAAUUGCAAGUGCGAAUUCUAGAAAAGUAAAUAUUACAAACACAGAAAAAGUCUGAAUACACAUGUAAUAAGGGGACCAGAAAAUUAAAGUCCUUUACAAAAAAAAUGAAAAUUUUAUACUGCUUUGCUGUUGUUAAUUUUGUAUAAUUGAAAUAAGCGAAAGAAGAUGUUCACAGGUUGAUCAAUUUAUUGCAUCUUUUAUUUAAGAUUUAUAAACUACAAGAAAAGAAACUUUCAGUAAACAACACUGCCAAUAAUAGCCAAAUUUUAAAGAACAUGAUCUGUAUACAAAAACUUCACUACACGAGACUUAAAUGCAAAGUGUUUUUUGCACUCAAAUUCAGUGAAGCCAAUUCCUAUCUUGGAGCAAAUCAUAAUUAUUAUCCGAGUGAAAGUAGAGAUGCUUGUGAUUAUUCUUCAUAUCGUGUGUUUAGUUGUACAUAGUUGCAUCACACAUUUGUUCCUCGAAAUAAAACAUAAACGAUAAAAGAUCAGUGACAUUUGCCUCAAUGUGUGAAAUAUGCGCAAUGUAAUUUGUGAGAUGUUAGUAGUGAUAAGCUUUAGUUAGUAAGGUAUACAUAAUGCUAGACUAGUUUUUGUACCUGUUUAUAACUAUUUCUAUACUUAUGUAAUUUUAAAUAAGUAGCAAGUGAUCUUAUAUGAUACAUAGUACAUACUACAACAAAUGUACAUGUGCAAUCUUAAUAAUAAAAAAA